AUGAUUGAGGAGAAAGGUGGGAUUACAGACAUAAAAGUUGACCCUUAUUCACCAGUGGAAGUCACUUCUAAAAAGAAUCUGGCCAUGGGUAUUCCCGAGAUGAGGCAUCUUUCAACAAAAAGCAAUAGGAAAUCCUGGGCGCUAGCCAAGGAGAUAAAACAACUAAUUCUGAAUGUGGUUAAGAACCGAUGCUGGGUACGAGAAAGAUCUACUCCAAACCGUGUUGGACACUGCCAAAAAGGAGGAAUUCAUUAG